AUGCCCCUACAAACAUACCACCUCUCCUCCUCCCCCAAGGGGCUCUCCAGCAUCACAACCCUAAUCGUCGGCACCAGCGAGGCCGUCCUCAUCGACCCCCCCUUCCUCAAGCCUGAUGGCCUGGCCGCUGCAGCCUGGAUAAAAACAAAGAUCGAAAACAAGCCACUAAAGGCCGUCUUCGUAACCCACCACCACCCAGACCACUUCUUCGCCGCAAACUCAAUCUUCGAGGCAUAUCCUGAGGCUAAAUUCUAUGCAGCGCCCUAUGUCCUCGACGGUAUUAACCGCGAGUAUGAGCAGAAAGUCACAUACUGGCCUUCUGUGUUUGGGGCGGAGAAUGUCUAUGAGGCGCCCCGCAGGCCCGAGGCGUUUGGGUUUAGUUUCUUUGUGCUAGAUGGAGAUCCCGAUAGUCCGGUUGUGCUUCUCGGACCGCUGCAGGGUGAUAGCGUGGACCAUACGCUGUUUUGGCUGCAGAGGGAGAAGACGAUUAUCUGUGGGGAUGCGGUUUAUGGGAGGAGUACGCAUGUCUGGGUAGAGGAAGUCGAAACCCCUGCUCUGUUAGAAGCAUGGAACAAGACGCUGGCCCUGAUUCGGGCGCUGCAGCCUGAGAAGCUCAUCCCAGGGCAUAUGGAGACCGGCUGGGAGUUGGAUGCGAAGGAGGAUCUCGCGCACACGCAGAAAUAUCUGGAUCUGUUCUCGCGCAAGAUCACGCACGCGCCGGCGAAGCCGACCGUGCAGGAGCUGUUUGAGUUCUUCAAGAAUGAGUUUCCGCAGUGCAAGGAGAAUCUGGAUUUCUUCCUGGGCCAUCUGUCGAACCAGUACGGGGAGGGAGGGCAGGUCUGGGAGGAGAAUAGGCACCAUAAUGUUGGGGCGAGGACCAUUCAGGGCCUGAAUGGGUAUUGGUUUAAGUAA